CUGCUGUUUCACGCUUCUUGUGUUGUCUGUCUGGAUCAAGAAAAUGUCGGCUCGCGGGGGAAAAGCAGCUAAACGUGCGAAAGCAGUAUCUCGAUCUGCGAAAGCAGGCCUUCAGUUUCCUGUGAGCCGUGUUCAUAGAUAUCUUCGCAAAUGUACACAUCACUACCGUAUAUCCGCUGCCGCUCCCGUGUACCAAGCGGCCGUGAUGGAAUAUCUAACUGCUGAGAUUCUCGAGUUGGCUGGUAACGCCGCGAGAGACAACAAAAAAACUCGAAUUAUCCCUCGCCAUAUCCUCCUAGCUGUUGCUAAUGACGAGGAAUUACACAAACUUUUAAAAGGUGUUACUAUUGCAUCUGGAGGUGUACUCCCUAACAUCCACCCUGAGUUAUUGAAAAAGCGAAAAGGUGGCAAGUUAGUUUCGCCGGAGGAGCUGAAGUCCAAGAAACCCAAGCCAGCCCCGCCGCCAUCACCCAAGAAGCCAGUUUCAUCAAAGAAAGUACCAACAGCUGCAGCAAAGAAAGCUGCCCCUGCGUCACCUGCCAAAGCUAAGCCAACCCCAAAGCCCAAGGCUAAGGGGCGUGGCAAAGCAGACAAAGGCCCCGGGGACGGGUUCUCAGUCUUGUCAGAGAAGACAUUAUUCCUUGGACAGAAGUUGACUGUGGUCCAAGGUGAUAUUGCCGCUAUUGAUGCAGAUGCUGUUGUAUUGCCCACAAAUGCUAAAUUCAAGUUGGAGGGAGAAGUUGGAGAAGCUUUGAAGAAAGCUGGAGGGAAGGAAUUUAAAGAUGAAAUAAAAAAGCUUUCAGAGGAUAAUGGUGACCUUGCCCUCUUAGAUGCUGCCAUAUGUGAUGGUCAUAACUUUCCUGCGGCGUACGUGAUCAGCCUUCACAGUCCAGUCUACAGUGAAGAUUCAACCACAGCCUCAGAUGACUUAGAAAAAGCUGUAAAAAAUGUGCUCACUAUUGCUGAUGAAAAGAACCUAAAGAUUCUAGCUAUUCCAUCUAUUGGGACUGGAUCGAACAAAUACCCAAAGGAUCUUGCUGCUCAGGUCACCUUAAAGGCCAUCUCCAACUACUUUGUGUCAGCCAUGGCAUCAUCCCUUAAACAGAUCUAUUUUGUGCUGUCCGACCCUGAGAACAUCGGCAUGUACACCAUGGAACUCGCACGUCUGGACUCCUAGGGGAACCAUUCACAUCUAAAGACUGCUCUCUUGUUUAGACACUAUAUCACCAUUAACCCCACAACUUAUCUGUGCAUCUUAAACUUGUCUAUGCAGAGUCUGGAGGACGUGUCUUUACAGGGGCUUUCAUGACGAAGAGAAAGAGAAUCUUUAAGCCUUGUUUCCACUCGCAAUCUAUUCCUACUUGGACUACCUAGAGUGCGCAUUGUUGUAGAUGGAAACAAGACAUUGGUUCAUCUCUAUCCUCUAUAUACUUUAGCUAGUUUAUUUGUUCUUUCAAAAAGUUUACAAGCCAAUCGUUUCACAUACUCAUACUUGUAAGAAUGAUUCAUUUUAAACAACCUUUACACCACGUAUCCCGGUAUAGCAUUGAUAUUUGUCUUAAUAUGUGUAGAAAUGAAUGGAAGUAACUAUUAAAAAAAUAUUUUUAUUGUUUUA